AUGGCUCUCGGUGGUUUGGGGGCCAUCCUCCUCUCCAGCCAUUCCUCUCUCUCCCUGGGCCAUGUCUUUGCAAAGGUCGACCUCCGCUCCGUUUUCUUCGCUCUCGUAUUCGCCAUAAUCGUCCUGGUUUUGGCGUAUCUGACGAACCCGUCGGAAACCUGCUUUCGCACCUACCUCACGGAGCUCUCCUUCAAGCAGCAUCUCAGUCAACUCGACGAGAAUGGUCAAGACGACUCCUCGGUUUCCGACGACUCUGGUGUACACUUCACACUCUCCCGACGUUCCCCGGCCGCUGUCCGUAAAACUGGAAGCAACUUCGACACCUCCUCCCCAUUCCACUUUGUCAGCCGGGCCUCGGUCUCCUUCGGACACCCAAACAUGUUUUUCACAGUUUCGGCAUCCUCACGGUCGCCCCGCUCCCGCACCAACCAUGGCCACUGCUCCGCCCACAACGAGAAUCUGCCAUCCGCUGUCUCCGAUGUGUGGUACAUAGGGGCGUUUGGACGGUGGUGGAAGGGUGGAGUCAUUCAGAGCUGGUGGCACGAGGUGCUCGCAAACGCCAAGGACGCUGAGAGGUGUGGCUCUGGGCUACUAGACGUGAAGGCACUAGAUAACCUCGAGGGCUUUGAGGGUCUGCCCUUGCCUACCCCAUCCCGUCUUCCGGCCGACGCCCAAACCAAACUUCGCGCAACCGAACGGUCUUUCCAACGCAAUAACAACAACGCGCCUCGAAGCACCACCCCACCCCCACUCCCCAAGUCCGCCUCAUUGCCCCUACACGCGCCCAAGGUCUCAACACCGCCGAAAGCCAACGGACACAGCCCUCGACAUGCGCCGUCGCCGUCGCAGCCGCAAAUGAUGCCCGAACCCUCGCGACCGCCAGCGCCGUCGGUCCUCACUUACUCCCCUUCCUCGUCCUCGCUAUGGGACUCGUCUCCCAUCAUCGCCGAGGUCUUGCGCCAAAUCUCGCAGUCGAAAGCCGCGGUGCACGAGCUCCGGACGCAGCUCGCCGACUUCCGCAGCAGCGCGGCCGACGCGCACGCGGGCAUCCAGAGCGAGCUCGAGGUGCACCGCGAGCGCAAACGCGAGGACGACGCGGCGCGCAACGAGAUCAAGACGCGCACGAAGACGCUCGAGGACUCGAAGCGGUCCGCCGAAGGCAGCAAACGGGACGCGGAGAAGCGUCUCCGGGCGGCCGAGAGCGCACGCGAGAGCGCGGCGGCGCGCAUCGAGCGACUCGGGGAGGAGAUUGGGGCGAUGCGAGGGCGGAUGCAUGACGACGAGCAGGCGACGCUGGGGUGCAAGGAUGAAGGCGAUGAGAAGGAGCAGGAGGCGAAAGAGGUGCUGGAGAGGAAGAAGAAAGAGAUUAAGGUGGCAGAGGACGUGAUUGCCGCGCUCAACGCCCGGGCGAAGGAGCUGGAGGAGAAGAUCGCCCUGGAGGAGGAGAAGCUGCGGCGCGCGAAGGAGGAGGCCGAGAUCAAGAAGCAGGAUCGCUCGUUCUUCCCGCUCACUGUCGUCCCGACGGUGAGUGAGGGCGAUCUGGCGGCCCCUGCUUGGUCUGCGUAUCCUGAAGGCCAGAGUGGGACGCAAGACCCCCUCACGCGAGAGAGCCUCGCCACGAUGGACAGACAACAACCUUUCCCAUCCCUCGCGCCCCGAAGCAAAGAUUCCCUGUCUUCGGGCUCAGGCAGCGCCGAGAACGCUGAUACAUCCUUCUCUCCUCGCCCUGCCCGCCUCUCGCUCACCGCCAUCUCCAACCUGCGCGAGCCACCAAAUCGCGUCCUUACGGAACCGGAUCCGAACGGUCAAAUCCUCUUGCGGCCCAACGUCUUCCCGCGCUUCGGCGCCGAGCUAGGCACCAGUGCACUCUCCACGCACUCGACGUCAACACGUUUCUUGCCCUUCGACAGUGACGAACCCUCUGCGGUCGAAGAACCCAGCUCCGCCAGUAGCAUCUCGCCGAUGAGCACGUCGUACAUUCCCGCGAGCCUCAUCCACUCCCUCGAUGGAGGGGCAGGCUACGACAACGUGGGCCUCGCACGCUCGUUCCAGUCCGAAGACGACGCGAUCCUGUCGCGCGACUGGCGCAAGAUGGCUCCCUUCCCCGCGCCUCCGCCCGUCGAAAGCCCUGCUGUAGCUGCCGUCCCGGGCACCUACACGACCUCCCCUCAACCCUCACUCACCCUGCAUUCGACGCCGUCGACAAGGAAGACCCGUUCGAGCCGCAGACAAGACGGUGAUCGCACACCGGCGGUGGGCGUCGCAGCAGGAGGCCAGCAAGGAUCGCAAAGGGCUCAACCCGGAGGCGAAGGUGUUCUCACUCACCCGGAAGUCGCUCUUCUCCGCCCCGAACUCGGCCCAAGUGCCCCCCUCGCCGUUCGACUACGACCCCGCGGACCGGCGCCCGCCGCGCUCGCCCCGCCCGCGCCGACCGCACACCUCGCCGUGCCCGACGAGAACGUGUUCUCCUCGAUCUCGAUGCGCGCGUUCGCGCCGUCGCCCGCGGAGCGCGAGGCGCUGCAGCGCGCGCUCAGCGGCUCGUCGAACACGUCCCUCGAGCGCCUCCCCACGCUGUCGGAGGUCGCCGCGGUGCCCCCCUCGCUGCCCGCGUCGCCCGCGGCGGCGCACACGCUCGCGGCGGCGCCCGUCGUGAGCGGGCGCAUGCUGCUCGGCGGGCCGGCGCUGUCGUGGCUGUCGCUCCCCGGCCCGUGGGAGGACGAGGAGCCGGGGCGGGACGCGGGGCUCGGACGCGGGUUGUAG